CUACCACAACCGGCAGAAUCACGUCCCCUGUUCCCGAUUCAGGGUACCACGAUCGACCCUGCUACCGCGUUCACGGUGCAAGGGUACCUCUCAGCAGCCAACCGGUAUGCCUUUGGAGAACGCAAGCUGGUCAUCCAUUCGCCUAGAGUUGCACAAAAGAGUUAUGGGACCGAGAAGAGUCAGAUUCAUCUGUCCUCCUCCUGUAGCGGUUUUGCACGGCCGGACGUGGUGGACCAAGAAGAGCAAUACCCUGCAAUCUGCACCGGUGAUCAAUAUAUCGAUUACCGACGAGGCUCGCGCUCCCGAUGUCCGGUCGAGCUGGCAUACGACCAGCAACCGGUACUUGGAAGAGCCUAUCGACUUUGGAUUUCCUAACGGUGAAGCUGCAUUCAUCGGCAAGGCUUGUGGGAAAGCUUUGCAUAUCUCGGAUACACCCGCUCGAAAGGCAAAGGCUUCGGUACAGGCCAUGAUUACCAUCAUGUCUGCCGCGGGAGAGUCGUCGGGUUCGACCGGACCGAGACCAGUGAUAGGCACGUUUGAGAGUAAACCGAUCACAAUCGUCAGCAAGCCGAGCAAGAAACGGCAGAACACCAAGAACAGCGAACUCUUUUUGCAACACGGAACGCCCGUAUCAUUGUACAACCGCAUUCGAUCACAGACGAGUUCGACCAAGUUCCUCUCGGUGGCGACCGAUAUCACACGGCAUCUGGGCUCGGACGGCAAGGCGAUUCCGACCCAUUCCGGCAUGAAGAGGACGGAUCCUGCGUUUGUAGCUGAUCAGGCAUCUUGGGAUCCCCUGCUUAUAUGGCUAGUCGAUCCUCAAGCGCAUGAUCGACCGCCAGUGCCGGUUUCUGGAAGAGAAGCUUGGGAUGGGUAUCCCCCUCCUGCCGAUGUCAUCAAGCCGCCAGACAACGUUCCGGUACCCGUCAUCUGCUACAACAACACCAUCCGAUUACAGUGUCCUGCUACUGGAUUGACAUCGCCGAUGCUGGUUGUUCGAAGAGUAGACAAUGGAACCACGGCGUAUGGAGGUGAAGCGGUUAGGAGAGACGGAUAUCAGGGCAAAUGUGCACCGGGGGAACUGCCGGGAGAACCUGUCAGCCAGCUGCACAAGAUUGCCCUCGAACUGUACGCGCUACCGAAUAUCCCUAAUCUGCCAGUGUACGGGCAAGACUUUAGGUACUCGGGACAAUGGAUGACAGCAGAAAAGGACCGCAUUGAGUACCGACUCGGCAAGACUGCUCGAACGAUGGCACCCGAGAACGCUCCUCCGACACCCAGAUCUCGACCGGGAAGCGCAUCGAGUUUACCUUCGUCGCCGAACAUCCACCUGACGGGCCUGAAACCGUUGACGUCACGUGCGACUGGACCUGUCACUCCCACUACAAUGACCACGACCCUGCCCAACACCUUUGGUUCGAACGGUCAAGAAUUUCUUGGUGGAGGCUUGGCGCGGCAACCAUCCAUGACCCAAGGCUUUGGGAGUGCUGGAACACCCUAUGGCGUUUCCGAGAGUCCUUCGAGAGAGAACAGAGCCGAGACGAGCGGACCGGGACCCACUCGCCGAAGACGGACAAGCAGCAACGCAAGCGUCUCGAGCAGAAAUACCUUGGGGCUUUCUUCAAGCAUGAAGAGCAGUACGAUGAGUCCGCCUGCUCCCCCAAAACCGAUGAGGACCAUAUCUGGGGAAGCGUCACCGUCAUCAGAGGCCACGCGAUGGUUCGUGGAAUUGGCUGAAACAGCUACUUGGACCAUUGUCGGCGCAGAGACAAAGGCUUACACGUUCUGGGUCAACCCCGAUUUGCAAAUCGAGUCGCCUGUGACGCCAAUGCCGUCUGCGGAGCAGUGUGCGCAACCGGGCCAGACUAUCGAUACCGGUAGACGUCACAUGGUCACCACUUCCUCCAUGUCAACGUUACCCCAAGCAACACUCUAUGGUGGCGGAUUUACGAAAGACCAUGAGGGUAACCCCACUUAUACCGUUUGGUGGGGAACCGAACCUGCCGAAGAAAACGAGUUCAAAUGCCCCGAGGUCAUGUGCGCCUCCGUUCCGAGGACCCCGCCUGCACGCUCAGGGCGACCAAACAACCGACUUCCGAUCUGUUUGGUACGGCAGGACGGCAUGGUCGCGGUCCCUACUGGCUUGACUUGGACAAGAUAGACAUCGUGUCUCGUCGAGUGCUGCCACGACUUGUGUAGCAUCCCGGUCGUCAAACCGAUAGAGGCGAUCGCGAGGCUGUCAUUUCGAUCGUGCUUUUGUGUCAGGUCCGCCGGCGUCCUUCGUUCCUGCAAACGUACUGUAUUAUAGCUUAUAUCCUAGUGCUCGUCCAUGUGUAUUAUAGAGGAGAGACGCAUGCGAGUUGAUAUUUUGCAGAACUACCUAU